AUGGCUAAAACAGUGGCCGUCACGCAUGCCGAUCUCGCACCAAGUCGUAAAACCACUGAAUUGGGCAGCAAAACUGGCGUCGCUUUCAUAGUUUUCACCAUAAUUUGUGGCCUCUUUUACUUCGUCCUUUGCCUCGUAGCCGAAGCCACCCGUUCCCAGGAGAAGUGGGUGGAGACCGGAGAUGAUGGGAAAGACGUGAAAUACCAAUGUGUUUACAGUGGAAGCGGCAAGACGCCGUUGUUGUGCUCCGCCAUUGCGUUUGUGGGACUCGCGGCUGUCAUGUUGGUGGAGCAUAUGUACAUGUUGAUAGCGGUGAGUAAAUCGGCGGCGGCGGGUCUGGUUUCAUGGGAUCUUGAUUCUGCUCAUUUCAAGAGUCUCACAUGGCAGGCUGCGUUUUUCUUUGUCACGACUUGGCUUUGCUUUGCGGUGGGGGAGAUUUUAUUGUUGAUUGGGCUGAGCGUGGAAUCGGGACAUUUGAGCAACUGGUCCAGACCAAGAGAUGGUUGUCUCAUCAUUAGAGAAGGCUUGUUUUGUGCGGCUGGUGUGUUGACAUUGCUCACUGUUUUCCUGGCGGCUGGCUUAUACUUAACAGCAUUACAUGCCCAAAAAUUGUUCCAACAACACCACCAAGUUCGUCAACAGGUGCUGGAAACAUCCAUCCUACACGGGUCACCGCCCAGUUCCCCACCAUAUCGGUUGACAACCAUGGCGAGAGAGGACCCGGUGAUCACCGAAUUACCAAAUCGGCCACCGCGGUUCUCAUUUUCAGGGGAUUUUGGAAAGCAAUUUAAUGGCGUUUAGAGCAAAUUGGUGCCUUUCGGCAAAGCUGAAGGCACAAGCUAGAGCUACAUUUGCUUGGAUAUACGGAAAGAAAAAAAUAUUUUUUAUUUUAUUUUUGUAAAUG